AUUAGGGUUCAAGUUGGUGCUUUCAAUCACUCUGAACUCUUUCUUCUCACUUUUGCAAACGCAAACGAUACACUCCCUCCUUCUCUUUAUUUUCCUAUCGCCGCCGUCACCAGAGAACAACAAAUUUUCCUAUCGCCCUACUCAGUUAUCUCCCUGCUUCUAUUCAGACUCCUUAACACAACCCCUUAUCUUUCAAUUUUAUUCUGUUUCCGAUUGGAAUCAAGGUUCAUUCGUUGAAGAUGAAGAACACGCUCUGAUUCAGUGUCGAGCGUGUUAAGUUGGUGAGUCCUAAAGCUAUGUUGCGUGUUGUGAGUUUAGUGGAUUUGUUGAAGGAACGUCACGAUCUGAAUCGAUAGCUUUAGCGAACCUUCCAGCAAACCUUCUUCUCCUCCUUCCUUCGAGUCUGAUGGAGGGGAAAGGACGGUUAAGAAGCUUAGGAUGUCCAAAGCCCUCACUAUAUCUGAGGGGACAUCAGUUUCAGAUGCAUGUCGGUGAAUGGCAGCGCGACGCGUUGAUGCUGUUUUGCUGCCUGAUUCAAAUGCUUUGUUAUCGGGAAUUAUGACUGACAAGGAUAUUGCUACUAGAGUUAUUGCCGAGGGUUUGUGGCUGGACCAAAAAAUGGUGUCAAAAGUAAUGACUCGGAAUACUUUGUUUGUGACAUCAGAUACACUGGCCAUUGAACCCUUCAAAAGAUGGUCCAAGAGUGCUCAUACCCAUUUAUCACUAACAAUCAUAUUUGGUUACCACUUUCCUCACACAGUAGAAAGGUUUUGUUUGGGUUCAGUUAUUGUGUUGGAGCUACUAUUAAGGUUCAUUGUUGCUGAGAAUUCUCUUAAGAGAGUUGAAGAAGGUAUGGCUGAGAGUCCAGUGUUGCUGAGAAUUCUCUUAAGAGAGUUGAAGAAGGUAUGGCUGAGAGUCCAGGUUUGUUUUCAUUUGCUUUGAUAACUUUUCAUAUUUGCUUGAUUCAUAUAUUGUUGAAUUGGUCUGUCAAUGCUCUCUUUAACUGUUUGUGUCUGCAUACACAAAUUGAUUGCAUUAACAGUUUGUGUCUUCAAAUUCCUAUUAUUUUUUCGUUUUAAAGGUUUCUAGUUUAUUUAAGAAAAUUCUACUAGUUCUCAAUAGUUAAUGUUGUAUUUCAAUUUUCUCUAUUCAAUUGGUCGGUGUUAUAGAACUUUUCCCAUCAUUAGCUUCAUCUAUCUCAUUGCAAAAGAGUUAAGUGUGAGGUGACUAUUAGAUUUUACAAGAACUGGUUAAGAUAUCAAGCGUCGGUUUUACAAGAACUGGUGCAAGUCAAAGAAGAAGGCUUUUACCAAAUAUUCCAAAAAGUAUGAAACCGAAGAAGGAAAGAAGGAUAUUGAAUCUCAGCUUGAGAAAUUGAAAACGUAUGCCACUGUCAUUCGUGUUCUUGCUCAUACUAAGAUAAGGAAGUUGAAGGGUCUAAAACAAAAGAAAGCUCAUUUGAUAGAGAUCCAAGUUAAUGGUGGAACAAUAAGCCAGAAGGUGGACUAUUAGUUUCUUUGAAAAACAAGUCCCUGUUGAUGCUGUUUUUCAGAAUACGCUCCUUCUAAUAAAUUUUCUUAGUUGGCUUCUUAAAGAGUUUUUAAAAGCAUUUGUUAGCUUUUACUUUGAAAAUCAUUUCAAAUUUAUUUAAGACAAAAUGACAAAAAUCUCUUAAUGAGUUUUUUUUAUUUAUUUUUUGGAUCAUAAGCUACUUUAUCAUUGGAGUAACUAAAGGUAAAGGUUAUGAAGGCGUGGUAAAUGACAGGAUGGAUAUUGAGGUUUAUACGAUUUAUGGGCCAAGGAGGAUGCAUGGCUAUUGAGGAUGGAUAUCAACUAGCGUCGGAGUUGGACAAUGGUUGGAAACAAAGUGAAAAAUCAGGCUCUCCAAUUGACAUUGAUUCUUCCCUAAAGGAUUAUUUUACGUUGAUAUUUUUUUUUUGAUAAGCAAUAUUAGAUUUAAUAUAUAGAGAGUACAAGGGGUACUCUAACCCGGAAAACAAUUAACAAUUACAAAUUAAUGAAGUCCAGAGGUACGUUGAUAUUGAAUAUGCCCAUAUGUUGAGAUAAAGUAGCUUGGUGUAAAGGAUUAUUUUACAUUGAAAUUGAAUAUGAAAAGUUUUAUAUGUCUUA